AUGAGGAUGAAGGAUUGGAUUGUCGGGGGUCAUUAUCGCGAGAUUAGUAGCCAGAACCAGAACCAGAACCAGAUAGCCCCGGCCACGGCGCGGCACUUGCAGGCAACGAUCGCUGACAAGGCCACGGAUGUUUUCUUGGAGCUGCUGAAGCAAGACGGGGUCCGGCCGCACACCAAAUCGACCGCCGUCGUCGUCGGGGGGCCGAAAGCCAGCAACAGCACCUCCCCGUCCUUACCAGCCGUCCCGCCGCUGGACUACCUGAGACUUGUCGUCAACGCCGGAAAGCUGACCCAGGCCGACGUGGACCGGUACAUCGCCAACGAGCCAGCCAAGCCCGGCAAGGCGCUGCGACCCAAGAAGCAACCCGGUGCCACGCCGCUGGACUAUCUGGCAGCGCUGGUGAAGGACGGACACUUCACCCAGGACGACGUACUCGAGUACCUCGUCGGCAAGGAGAAGGACAUGGUGCCCGGGCUGAGCGCCACCAUGAAGCGCAAGGUGCUCGGUCAAGUCAAUCAUAGUGAUUGAGGACAGGGAGAAUUGCUUUUAUCUUUAUUUUUGCCAAGGUGUUGUGAAGCCUCCUGUGGGCUGCUGAACAGGCUGAGUAGAAGCUGGAGGAGGGAUGGUGCUGUCUCUCAUGCCAACUCAAGUGUCUCGAGAGCCAGCAAGGCGAGGUGUCUAGGUAGGGAACGAGUCAAGCACCACCAAUGUGAGAUACGGAUGCGGG